UACUGUCCUAAAUCCUACAACAAAAUUAAAAAAUCUUAGAAAAAUAUCCAAAAACCAGCCAAGAACACUCUUCUACUUGUUCUAUGGCCAGAAACUCUCACCUUAACCCAUUAUUUUUCUGCUUGUGCUUCAACACAAGUCUCUCUACUGGUAAGUAAAUUUACUCCCACAUUAAUACACACACAUUAUCUGAGUUCUUGUAAGCAAUUACACAAACAUUGGGCAUGCAAAGUUGUAAUCUUUAUUGAUUUUGUGUUUCUUGUCUUGAUGGUUCUUGCAUUUUCCUCAUAAUUCAUGUAUGGCUGUGAUUGUUCUUUGUUCCUCAUCAAUUUGUUGUAGUAAUUUCAAGAAUUUACCGAAUGGUAAAUUGUAUAGUUCAAAGUUUAGUAAAGGUAGAAGCUUUGAGAGGAUAAAGGUGUUGCCUUUUGGGUCUAUGGUGAAUUGGAAGAAGCACAGGAAAAAAAUUGUGGGUAAAUGUGGGGUUGUGAUGGAAAGUUCGAAUUUUUCCGAAUGGGUUUAUGGGAUAAGCAAAAAGAAAAUUUCUUCAGAGGAAGUUAUUAUGGUUCUUAAGUCAGUUCAAGAUUUAGAUGAAGCUUUCUCGCUCUUUAUGUCGGUUGCUGAGUUGCCUAAGGUUGUUCACACUACGGAGACUUGUAAUUAUAUGCUUCAGCUCUUGAGAGUACAUAAGAGGAUAAAUGAUAUGGUUGUGGUGUUUGAUUUGAUGCAAAAGCAAAUCAUUUAUAGGAGUUUAAAUACUUAUAUGAUAAUAUUUAAUGUUCUUGAUAUAAAGGGUGGGAUUCGUCAAUCUCCAUAUGCGCUUAACCGAAUGAGAGAUGUGGGUUUUGUUUUGAAUGGUUACUCGUAUAAUGGGUUAAUUCAUUUGAUUCUUCAAUCUGGGUUUUGUAAAGAGGCUUUAGAGGUUUAUAGAAGAGUGUUGUCGGAGGGAAUAAAACCUAGUCUUAAAACUUACUCUGCUCUUAUGGUAGCAUCUGGGAAAAGGAGGGACAUUGAGACUGUCAUGAACUUAUUAGCAGAGAUGGAGAAUUUGGGUUUACGGCCGAAUGUAUACACUUUCACGAUAUGCAUUAGAGUGCUUGGGAGGGCUGGGAAAAUUGAUGAGGCGUACAGGAUAUUGAAGAGAAUGGAUCGUGAGGGUUGUGGACCCGAUGUUGUUACGUAUACAGUUCUCAUUGACGCCCUGUGUAAUGCAGGGAAGCUGGAUACUGCUAAGGAAGUUUUUAUAAAAAUGAAAGCUAGCCGCCACAAGCCUGACCAAGUAACUUACAUCACCUUAUUGGAUAAAUUUAGUGAUUGCGGGGAUUUGGAUGCCGUAAAUGACUUUUGGGUGGAGAUGGAAGCUGAUGGCUAUACUGCAGAUGUUGUUACUUUCACUGUACUCAUUAGUGCUUUGUGUAAAGUUGGGAAAAUUGAUGAAGCCUUUCUUACUUUAGAUGUCAUGAAAAAGAAAGGCGUCCUACCUAAUCUUCAGACUUAUAAUACAGUAAUAUCUGGGCUUUUAAGAGUGGAUAGAUUAGACGAGGCACUGGAGCUAUUUAAUAAUAUGGGGUCACUUGGUAUUGAACCUACUGCUUAUACUUACAUACUAUUCAUUGAUUACUAUGGAAAAGUAGCGGAGCCAGAUAAAGCCCUUGAGACAUUUGAGAAAAUUAAGGUACGUGGAAUUGCUCCUAACAUUGUUGCCUGUAAUGCUUCAUUGUACAGUCUGGCAGAAAUGGGGAGAAUUAAUGAGGCAAAAACAAUAUUUCAUGGACUUAGGAGGAGUGGUCUUGCUCCAGAUAAAAUUACCUUUAACAUGAUGAUGAAAUGCUAUAGCAAGGCGGGGAAGGUUGAUGAAGCAAUUCAGUUACUAUCCGAGAUGACAGAAACCGGUUGUGAACCAGAUGUCAUGAUUAUCAACUCGCUCAUUGAUACGCUCUACAAAUCUGAUCGAGUAGAUGAGGCAUGGUCUUUGUUUUAUAAACUGAAGGAGAUGAAACUUGCUCCUACAGUUGUGACCUACAACACUUUGUUGGCAGGAUUGCGGAAGGAGGGUAGAGUACAGGAGUCCGUUCAGUUAUUUGAGAGCAUGGCUGUACAUGGAAACCCUCCAAACACAGUUACAUAUAAUACAUUAUUAGACUGCCUUUGCAAGAAUGGUGAAGUCAAUCUGGCGCUAAAGAUGCUCUUUGAAAUGACAAAUGUGAACUGCAUACCGGAUGUUUUUACUUAUAACACAGUCAUCUAUGGACUGGCUAAAGAAAACAGGGUAAAUGAUGCAUUUUGGUUCUUCCAUCAGAUGCGGAAAAGGCUCUACCCCGAUUACGUCACCUUGUUUACUCUCCUUCCAAGUGUUGUCAAAGAAGGGAGAGUUAAUGAUGCAUUAAAGAUCACAGAAAUUUUUGUAAGUCGCUCAAUAAACAAGUGUGACAACCAUUUCUGGAAUGCCUUAAUGGAGGGCAUUACAAGUAAAGCUGCAUUAGAUCAUUCCAUAUUGUUUGCUGAAGGUUUAGCGUCUUACGGAAUUAGCAGAAGCAACUCCUUAGUGAUACCAAUUCUGAAAUCCUUGUGCAGGCAGAAGAAAGGCCUUGAUGCUCAUAAACUAUUCAUCAGGUUUAAUGUUCAUUUUGGAAUUAAAGCAUCCUUAGAAGCGUACAACCUAAUAAUUGAAGGUCUUCUUGAUAUUCAUCUUAGGGAGAUGGCUUGGGGCCUUUUUAAGGACAUGAAGAAUGCUGGGUGUGCCCCAGACAAUUCCAUAUACAACUUGUUGCUUGCAGAUCUUGGGAAAUAUGGGAAGGUGGAUGAACUCUUUGCACUAUAUGAAGAGAUGGUCAACAAGGGAUGUACACCUACCACGAUCACACAAAAUAUACUCAUAUCUAGUCUUGUUAAGUCAAAUAAUGUAGAGAGGGCCAUAGAUUUAUAUUAUGAUCUACUGAGCGGUGGUUUCUCUCCUACUCCUUGUACAUAUGGUCCUAUUAUAGAUGGUCUUUUGAAGAUGGGGAAAUUAGAUAAAGCAAUGGUUUUCUUUGGAGAGAUGACUGUAUAUGGUUGCAAACCUAACUCUGCUAUCUACAAUAUUCUUCUUAAUGGGUUUGGGAAAACAGGUGAUCUGGAGACCGCUCUUGAGCUAUUUGAUCAGAUGGUUAAAGAGGGAAUACGGCCAGACCUCAAGUCUUACACUAUACUUGUUGAUUGCCUCUGUAUGAAGGGGAAAGUUGGGGAUGCCAUGCACUACUUUGAGAAGUUGAAAUCAUCUGGUCUUGAUCCUGACUUAGUCUCGUACAACCUUAUGAUCGAUGGCCUUGGAAGAUCUCGAAGAAUAGAGGAAGCUAUGUCUCUUCUUGAGGAGAUGAAGAACAGAGGGAUUGUUCCUAACUUGUACACCUACAAUUCCCUAAUACUCAAUCUUGGGAUUGUUGGGAUGAUAGAAGAAGCUGGUAAGAUGUAUGAAGAACUUCUACACAAGGGUAUCGAACCAAAUGUGUUCACAUAUAAUGCUCUAAUUCGAGGGUAUAGCCUGUCAGGUAAUACGGAUCGUGCAUAUGAAGUGUAUGAGAAGAUGAUGGUUGGGGGCUGCAGCCCAAAUACUGGAACAUUUGCUCAGCUCCCUAAUCAAUCUUGAUCUCUAACUGAGAGUUACUUUGCGGGCUAUGUAGAUCACGUUUAUGAUAUCCAUACCAAAGGCAGUUACCAGGUAUGAUUAUGGCCUGAUUGCUUAACUACAGGUCAGGAAUUAAUCUAACUUUUAGGGGCUGUAAAUAUCACACACUGUUGGUACAACAUGUAUCUACAAGAUGGUUAGGAUGAGGCGGUGUGAAUUGUGAAUUAUAUAGGUCAAAUUAGAUACUUAAAGCAAUAGUACAGUCCAGGAUUAUAUCUGGAAAUGAAUCGGCAAAAUUUUGUGAUGAAGUGCAUAACAGUAAGAGUAGUAAUUUCCCUGGUCAAGCAUCAACCCCGUCAACUGUUGCUGGAGUAACGAGCACGACCCUUGUGAAGACUCCGUAUUCAAUGAUUCUAAGGAAUUAAGAAUCGGAAACUUAAAGAGAAUGAUGGAAAAGCGAAAAGAGUUAAUAUGUAACAACUGAUAUAUAACAAUUGUGUGAUACUGUGAUGUGAUGUGGUAGUGCAGCAAGUAAGCAACAAAUAUGCGCAGAAAUAAUAUA